CCGGAGGAGUCAAGAAUCAAGCAGAAGCGCCCAAAUACUAAAUACAGCGAAACAAUGCCAAGUUUCGGAGGACAACAGCUAAUCCUGCUGGCACUGGCCUGCUUUGCUCUGCAAAUGGUCCACAGCCUCUAUUUGCCCAAACUGGAGGAUCUUGUGGAUAAAAAGGAGUCGAAAUUGGACCUUUUCGGGGCCAAAAAACAGAAGGAGCUGCUCAAGAAGCUGGAUUUCCUCAAUUUGUUCUCGGACAAAGAGGAGGCCAAGCUGGAGAAAAAAGAGGAUGAGUGGGAGAAGUUCAAGCAGUGGUGGGAAGAGAAGAAGGAAAAGGACCUAGCCUUCUUCGAGGCCAAAAAGGACAAGGAGUUGGCCUUCUUCGAGGGCAAAAAAGAGAAGGAGUUGGCCAAAAAGAAGGGCAAGAAGAGCAAGCCCAAAAAGACCACGGUGAAGCCAUGUUAUAGUUACCAAGAUAAGUAUGAUGACGAUGAGGAGGAAUAUGUCACCACUGAGGCAUACGAGGAGGAAUAUGAAUCCGAGGAGGUCACCGAAAAAUCCUGCCCCAAAUGCUAUGAAAAACCCACCUAUUCCUAUAAGUUGAGAGAUGCUGAUGAUGAUGAGGAGGGUGAUGUGCGAUACUUCACCUGAGCUAAUUGGCUUGGAUGGAUGGAUGGUUGGAUAUUUAUUUAUUGCAUUUUCUCCCUGUCGCCUCGCAUCGUGUCUCCUUUUACAUAAUUACAUUUUUAAUAAAUAUAAUUAAAAUUCA